UAGAGCUGUCAUUGUUGUCACAUUCGACGAAUAACAAAGAAAUAUAGUUCAUACACCUUGGCUUUACUUCGAGUCCUCAUUAUUGAAGAGUGGCGACCUUGUUACAAUCAAAUGCCUCAAAUGCCGUUUUGUUUUUAUACACACGUCGGUAUGGCGUACGAUAUAUUAUUUGUUUGGUACUGUUUAUACGUUGCAAUUGUUUGUGCUAGCGGAAAUACAACAGCAACGAUUGAAAUCAAACGAGGUAGAUAUGAUAAAUUUACUCCUCAAAACGUACAUCUGGAAAGUCAAGGAUCUAAUCAAACAGCCGAAAAUCUAUGUAAGAGUUUUAAAGCUGAAUGUGAAAAUGAUGAAUGUAAAUAUUGCCAGUGUCGUGAAGAGGAUAGGAGCACAUUUCUGCUGGAAACUCCUACUACAGGCAAUUGUACUAAAGAUCAAGAUAUCAUACGUGAUUCAGUACCAAAUGGAAUUUUUUUUCUUCGAAAUCAAAAUUACGGUAAAUGUCUUACUAUAAAUGGAAAUCGCAUUGAAAAACUUUUUGGAACGGAUUGUAGCUCGUCUCUAAAUAUGCGUUGGAUAUGGUUAAAUGAAACGGGAAAAAUCCAACUUAUGAAUGUUAUGUCACUCCAAUGUCUUGAGUUUGUCAAGUCUUUGUCUACAUGUUCGCAUAAUAGAACAUUGGUUAAGCAUUCAGUAGUUAUGAAGCAAUGUGAUAGAACCAAUCGAAAACAGCAAAUCAAGACCUCUACACGUUAUAUAUUUGCCAAAAUGUGCGGCGGCCAAGCCAAUUUUUACCUUGAAAUCGACGAACAUAGUAAGGGAGCAAUAAGUAAGACACCCAGCUCGGGACAGACUUGGGAAAACAAGAAUGGAGAUCUGGACAGGAAAACAAUUACUUACAGAGGUUGCUACCGUUUUUCAAAUAAAAAGUUAAUGCUUUAUCUGGACAAAGACGAUUGCUCUAAGCCAUGUACUCGCAAUUUUUCUGCUCCAAUCUUCUCUGAGAACUCGCAAUGUAGCAUUAUAUGGUCGAAAUCCACCAUCAUGCGGAGUGAUAUGAUGUGGCAGAAAGUUACGAAAAUGACAAACAAGAAACCGAUUUCCAUCAAAACCAUUUCAAAAGACCUUAAAAUGUUAUUGAUCAAAGAAGAAGCGUUCGACAUAUUUAACAACUCACUGUUGAAGUUGGAAAUUUCCUGUGAAAACAAAACCAACGAGUCAAGCAAAGAGAAUCACUGCUUGCUUCUUAAGUUUAGAUCUCCGCCAAAAAAAGUGGGAUCAACGAUGACUGCAAUACCGUCAACAACAAUACUAACAGCAAAAAUGAUAGACACCACAGAGAUAGCAUCAACGACAACAGCAAAAAUGACAGACACCACAGAGAUAGCAUCAACAACAACAGCAAAAAUGACAGACACCACAGAGAUAGCAUCAACGACAACAGCGAAAAUGGCAGACGCCACAGAGAUAGCAUCAACGAAGCAACAGCGAAAAUGGCAGACGCCACAGAGAUAG